UGCUCUGCACCCGGCGGAGCAAACUCAGCACUUCAGAUGACGGCUAGCUACCUGCCUCGGCACGCCUUACAAAGCACUUUGCAACUUUAGCAAUGGAUUCAAUGGACUUCACGUAAGGGAAAAAAUUCACGGGGAAAGCAGCGGAUAAAUCAGCGAACAAUGUCUGGAAGUUGCGUCAAUGGUAGCCUAUAGUGUUUUCCACGGAGGAGAUACAGGAGAGGUGCAUGCGUGAAAACAUGGAUUGCCCUCUGAUAUUCUUGUUCACUGUACCUAGUCCUUUAAUCUCCUACGGUUCACUGAGGUUGCUUUCCGUCCUGUGGUUUGGGCACGUUAUGAAGAUGUGCGGAACUGUAGCUCUAUCCUCUGUCACAGCCACGUUUGCCAGCGACCCCAACCACGAUUAUGUGUUGGUGACUCCAGUGGAGGUGGACUCCCAGGGAGCGUACAUCUCCCACGACCUGACGGGAGCCAGCCGGAGGAGGAGGAGGUCCCUGCCAUCGGCCGACGACGCCCUGCACUACAGGCUGUCCGCCUUCGGCAGGGACAUGCACCUGGACCUGACGCUCGCCAAGGUGCUGGCCGACGGCUUCACGGUGCAGACGUUUGGCGAGAGUGGCAUCACCGUGGCAACACCGGAGCCGGCCUUCCACGGCUGCUUUUAUCAAGGAUUUAUACGGAACCACAGCGCAUCGUCAGCCGCUGUAUCUACCUGUAACGGCCUGUCAGGUUUGAUCCGCACAUCAGAGGAGGAGUUCUUCAUUUCCCCGCUCCCCGAGCACUUAGCUGCAGAACACAACUACAGCGCCCCUAGUGGACACCACCCGCACGUGCUCUACAAGCGCUCUGCCGAGCAGCGUAUCCAUGGCAGCGCGGUGACCGCGGACACCUCCAAUCCGGCCAAUCCGCACCUGCGUCACCACCGCCACCACCGGCAUGGGAAGCCACAACACUUCUGUGGACGGCGCAAGAAAUAUGCUCCCAAGCCUCCUCCGGAAGAUCGGCUCGACAUGCCUGAUGAGCCCGAACCUGCAGGCAGGGGUAAACGCUCGCCUAUCCCCUCCAGCACGGUGGGGGGCCUGAACGUGGAAACGCUGGUGGUGGCUGACCGGAAGAUGUUGGAGAAGCACGGCAGAGAGAACGUCACCACCUACAUCCUGACCGUCAUGAACAUGGUUUCCAGUCUCUUUAAGGAUGGCACCAUUGGAACAGAUAUCAACAUUGUGGUGGUCAGCCUUCUGCUUCUGGAGCAAGACCCGCUGGGUCUGUCAAUCAACCACCACGCCGACCAAUCCCUGAACAGCUUUUGCCAGUGGCAGUCCGGCCUGGUGGGGAAGAACGGGAAACGGCACGACCACGCCAUCCUGCUGACCGGCCUGGACAUCUGCUCCUGGAAGAACGAACCGUGCGAUACUCUGGGCUUCGCCCCCAUCAGCGGGAUGUGUAAUAAAUACCGGAGCUGCACUAUAAACGAAGACACCGGACUGGGCCUGGCCUUUACAAUAGCCCAUGAAUCAGGACACAAUUUUGGGAUGGUCCACGACGGAGAGGGGAACCCCUGCAGGAAAACGGAGGGGAACAUCAUGUCGCCCACGCUGGCCGGGAACAACGGCGUCUUCUCCUGGUCCGCCUGCAGCCGCCAGUACCUCAACCGCUUCCUCGGUACAGCUCAAGCCUCUUGCCUAGUGGACGAGCCCAGGCACAUCGGCCAGUUUAAAUACCCAGAGCAGCUCCCAGGCCAGCUGUACGACGCGGAAACCCAGUGCAAAUGGCAGUUCGGCUCCAAGGCAAAGCUCUGCGACCUGGAGUCUCUCAAGGACAUCUGCAAGUCGCUCUGGUGCCACCGGGCAGGGCAGAGGUGCGAGACCAAGUUCAUGCCGGCCGCGGAGGGGACGAGCUGCGGUGCAGACAUGUGGUGCCGGCGGGGGCAGUGCGUGAGGUUCGGGGAUCGCGGUCCACGGGCGAUCCACGGCCAAUGGUCAGAGUGGUCAAAGUGGUCGGACUGCUCCAGGACCUGCGGUGGAGGGGUGAGGUCCAGGGAGAGGUCUUGCAAUAAACCCAGGCCCCAGUACGAUGGGAAGUUCUGCCAGGGGUCCAGCCGCACGCACCAGCUGUGCAACGCCAAAACGUGCCCCCCCGGCGCGGUGGACUUCCGAGCCCAGCAGUGCGCCGAGUACAACAGCAAGCCCUUCAGGGGCUGGUACUACAAGUGGAAACCCUACACCAAAGUGGAAGCUGAGGACAUCUGCAAGCUUUACUGCAUCGCGGAGGACUUUGACUUCUUCUUCGCCAUGGCUAGCAGGGUGAAGGAUGGCACUUCCUGCUCGGACGUCAGAGGAGAUGUGUGCAUCGAUGGACAUUGUGAGCCAGUUGGAUGCGACCAAGUCUUGGGGUCAAAGGCGACUCUGGAUGCCUGUGGAGUGUGCAAAGGGGACAACUCCACCUGCAAGUUCUACAAGGGCCGGUUCCUCCAGCAGCACCGGGCCAGCGCGUACUAUCCCUUGGUAACCAUCCCAGCCGGGGCCAGGAGCAUCCGUGUGCAGAUGCUGGAGGCCUCCUCCAGCUACCUGGCCGUGCGCAACCUGAAGAGGAAGUACUAUCUGACGGGAGGCUGGACCAUGGACAGGCCCGGAAAGUUCCGGUUCGCUGGGACCGUGUUCGAACAUCAGCGCUCCUUCAACCAGCCAGAGAGUCUGCAAGCUCUGGGACAGACCAAUGACACGCUGGUAUUCGAAAUCCUCCUGCAGGGGAGGAAUCCGGGCGUGCUGUGGGAGUACACUCUGCCCAGGAGUGACAAGAAGCACACAUACACCUGGAGCCUGGUGCGGUCCCAAUGCUCCGCUCAGUGUGCAGGAGGGCGGAUAUCGACGAAAGCCGUUUGUCUCCAGGAUCAGCGCGCACAGGUCAACUCGACUCUCUGUAGCCCUCAGACAAAACCUGCGGUGGGGUCCCAGCUCUGCAAUACCCACCCCUGUCCAGCCCACUGGGUUCCGGGCGAGUGGGGGGCGUGUAGUCGCUCCUGCGGGGGCGGACAGCAGACCCGGCCCACGCGCUGCGCCCGCAGGGUGUCCUAUCAGCGGCAGGAGGUGGUGGAGCCCUCGCUGUGCCCCGCGGCCUCCCCGCCCCGGACCCGGCCGUGCCAGACGCAGGCGUGCCCGCCUCAGUGGAGCUCGGGGGCGUGGUCACAGUGCUCUAAGACGUGUGGGCGGGGCAUACGGAAGCGCACAGUGUUCUGCAGGAGCGCGGACGUGGGGGCGGAGGCGGUGGUGGUGCUGGACAGCAUGUGUGAGCCUCAGCACAAGCCCAAGGCCCAGGAGACCUGCGUGAUACAACGCUGCCCCAAGAACGACCGACUGCAGUGGGUCCCCACUCCCUGGGGAGAGUGUUCGGCCUCCUGUGGGCGGGGCACGCAGGCGAGAGAGCUGCGCUGCGGAGAGCGCAGCCCGCGGGGCGCGUACGCGGAGUUCCCCCCGCGGAGGUGCCGGAACCUUCCCAAACCUGCCCUGGAGCUUCGGCAGGCCUGCAGCCAGGGGGCCUGCCCCCUCCCCCGGCCCGCUUCGGGGCGGACCUCCGGCGCUGCCGCCACCGCCGCCGCGCUGGGCUGGUACACGUCGCCAUGGCAACAGUGCUCUGUGUCCUGUGGGGGAGGGGCACAGGUGCGAAGCAUCCAGUGUCUGAGAGAAGGCCGUCCCACGGUGGGGUGCCAGCCCUCUCAGAGACCAAUCAGCUCCAGGGCCUGCAACACCCAGUUCUGCCCCGCCCCCUCCCCUGCUGCCAGAGAAGGCCAGUCGUGCGUGGACUCCUUUAGCUGGUGUCACCAGGUGCCACAGCACGGCCUGUGCAACCACAAGUUCUACGGUCAACAGUGCUGCAAGUCCUGCUCCAGAAAGAUCUGGUAGCCCGGCGCACCAAUUUCUGUUCAUCUCCUGACGAAUGGACUGUGUUCACUGACCACAAUGAGCAGGACUUGAACUCCUGUAAAACCAGAGGCAGAUUGGAGCGGGCAUUAAUACAGAGGAGCCGAGCAAUUGGCCUUUACCUGGGGAAUGCUUGACUCAUGGAAAACAGGAAGUAGAAAAGGCUCCAUGUAGCAGACGAAGCCGCACUCUCGAAGGUCACGUGGAACAGUAGAAUUGUACAUAUCUUUCCUCAAGUACAUGAACCCUUACAUUUUUCUUUUCAGAACUGGAGAUGUGGAACAAAGACAUGGAAAAUGUACUUCGGUGGUCAUUGUGUAAAUAUAUCUUUUUUCAUUUCUUCCAUAGGUAUCAGAGAUGGUAACCAUCCAUUUAAAUCAUUACCAGACAUUUUAAGGAGGUCCAUGAAAUAUGUCAUUUUUAUUAUUUAUGUUUAAGUGCACCUGAUUUACUUGGUCAUUAACUUAUAAUGGGUCACUUGUGAUUGUUAUUAAUAAUGUAAAAUAGACUUCCUGUAUCUGGUAAGUUGUCACAAGACAUAUGUGUUUCACAAAAUGAUAUACAGUAUGUUGUAUUUGAAGUCAACUUCAAUUUAUUUCCCGUCAACUUAACGCAUGCACUUAACAUAUCUGUCCCUAGACAUUGUUUUAAAAUUUUUUUUCUUUUGGUGCAUGGGGGAGGAGGGCGGGUUGAAUCAGCAAAACUCACCAGUGUAAGUUACAUGUAUUGUAUGAGUUGUUUGCAUGCUUGGAUUAAUGUUUGAAACAAAACCCUUUCCAGUGCCCAGGGAACAAGUGCAAGGUUUGAAGGAAUUUGAAUUCUGAUUGGCUGAUGGACACGUGUGUGGGACUCCCAUGACCUAGGUGGCUGGCCAGUGAUGAUAAGGGGACCAUCUCCAUGCCAACACUGUGAGGCUUGUGGUAAUAAACAGGGCUGCCUGCAUAGAGGCAGCGCAGCAUCGAUUGUUCAUGCGUGAUUACCUAGAGCAGCGGUGUCCAAUCUCAUCUACUUUUCAAGGUCUUGACUGAAGAGCGUGAUUAGUUAAUUCACUGAAUCAGGUGUCGUAGUGCUGGGCUAAAUAAACACCUGCAACCCACACCGGCGCCAUUUUGGAUGAGAUUGAAUACCCCUGACAUAGAGGUUCAGUCAUGAUUUACUGGUUUAUCUGCUGUUCAUGGAAAAUCUAUGGGGACUGUAGAUUAAGCUAAAUCUACAACCACUCCCAUAUGCAGAGCACUAGUUGAGUGGUCCAUUUUACCUCUGUGGCACUUUAUAUGAUCCUGAACGUUUAUUUAAAAAAAUUUAAGGAAGUGAACAGCAAGAGUGGAUACAAGUGUUCGCUGGAGAAAUGCCCAGUAUUGGGGUACCACUCAGCCACACAAGUCCAGUAAAGGAGAGGCUCAGGAGAGAGAGAUCAGCCGGAGAAUAUGCUGGACUGGCAGCACUGCGGCACGGCUGGCCUGGCAAGCUCCGGAUGGCAGUGUUUGGAGAGUCUCCUCCAGUCGGGUACGAACGGUGGGAUGUAACGGUUUCUGAAGCGGUUAGUAACCAAAAGGCUGCAGGUUCAAACGUCUGGUGAGGAACAUCUUUGUCACACCCUUGAGCCAGGUGAUCAACCUGAAUUACAUAAGGAGAGAAAUUCAAUCCCAUGGCUAGGAUGUUAAAUGCAAGUGCAUUUUCAUCUUUAGAUGAGAGUGACAGACUUGAAAACAAACUGCUUUGCAAAUCCAUUUUGUGGAGAUGUUAAGACUCCUGAGUCCGUAUGCAUGUAUUCAUGUCCGCAAUAAAAACUAGCAAUUCCGGGGGGGGCUGCCACUUGACUUGUCCUCUUCCACCCGCUAGGCAUGCCUACGUGCACGAUAUAGCAGCUCUCUCACGCCUCAUCCUCUUAUAAUGCGACUCCCGCAGCACUGCCAUCACUCCUCCUCUCAGCGUGUCGUCUCUCGCCUCUCACCGCUUACACUAAAUCAAGAUUUGUUACAUUUGCUGCAUGGCUUCUCAAGUCGCAUUACUUGAAAGUGCAUCGCCAUUAGGCCUGCAUAAUGUAUACCAGACCGGUUGAGGUUACUGACUUGUAAAGCAGUAGCAAAGCGAUGGAGUGCCUUAUUCUGGCUGACACACAGCGGGCGGUAAACCUAAUGCUAAUCGCAGACUUGACGCUCUCAUACAGAUUUGUUUGCGUCUCUUUAGGAUCCGAACCUCCAACCUGCUAGCCAGGCUCGCUAAUCGUUACCCUUCGCUACUCGCGUUUAUGAUCCAAUGUUGCAUGCAGAGGGCGCCCAAAAGACUGUUCAAAGAGGACUUUGACUAGCCAUAAGUAAACAGACAUGCUUCCAUUUGCAACAUUUGUUGUCCCGCUAAUGUUGCUGGUUAUAUGCCAUGUCUUGUGCUGUGCUCCUUUUGUCUUAAUUUGUAUGCCUUUGUCCAAUGUAAACAGGAGUGUAAUUUAUUGAUGUGUUGAGAGGCUGUGGAAUAUGUGCAUUGGAAAGACUAGUCCUUUUCAGGCCGUUCCUCAGUCACAUCUAAUUGAGUCUGCAUGAUGUAAAACAGCGCAAUAUAAGUGUGAUAUUUAAUUUUCUUUCAACCGUUUUAUAAUAAAUCCAUUUCAAGGCUUA